CCCCAGCUGCAGGAGCUCCUGGGGCACCUGAAGAAAAGCAAGCAGCAGGUCUGCGACGGAUUCACGAUUAGAGCCCUGAUGAGAAACACUGUGGUAAGAGGGCCCCCACUUGCAGGAGCAUUUAAAGAAAGACCAACAAAGCCUACAGCAUUUCGCAAGUUUUAUGAGCGAGGAGACUUCCUAAUUGCCCUUGAGCAUGAUACUAAAGGAAACAAAAUCGCCUGGAAGGUAGAGAUUGAAAAGCUGGACUAUCGUUACUAUCUGCCUUUGUUUUUUGAUGGGCUUUGUGAAAUGACAUUUCCAUACGAGUUUUUUGCUCGUCAAGGAAUCCAUGACAUGCUGGAACAUGGUGGAAACAAGAUUCUUCCUGUCAUUCCUGACCUCAUUAUCCCAAUAAAAAAUGCGCUGAACCUUCGUAACCGGCAGGUCAUGUGCGUCACGCUGAAAGUCCUCCAGCACCUGGUGGUGUCCGCUGACAUGGUGGGGGAGGCCUUGGUGCCCUAUUAUCGGCAUAUCCUCCCAGUCCUAAACAUCUUUAAGAAUAUGAAUGUUAAUUCAGGUGAUGGGAUAGACUACAGCCAGCAGAAGCGGGAAAAUAUUGGAGAUCUGAUUCAAGAGACACUGGAAGCCUUUGAACGCUGCGGCGGAGAAAAUGCGUAUAUCAACAUUAAAUACAUGAUCCCUACUUAUCAGUCGUGCAUAUUAAACUGAGUUGUAUCAAGUGGGAUGAUUCCAUUUCUGUUCUAAAAAAACUGUUUCUGACUCUGUGUGGCAUCUUGUUAGUCAUGCUUUCUUUCUCUACAGCUGCUAAAAUAGUGGCUUGUGGGGCACUGGAGCGUUAGCACUAUUGUGAACCAGGCUUUCCAAUACAUAAAUAGUGCCUGUUCCUUGGAUUACAAUGGUGUACUGUGCGUGUUUGUUCCCUGAAAGAAUCGCUGCUUUAUGGCAGAGCUGACUCGAGCAGGAAUCGGAGUUAAACCUUCACUUGUAUGGACAAUAAAACUAUAAUUUUCAUACGC